GAAACUACCACGAUUCGCAAACCCUAAUUCAAAUCAAAUUCACCGGAGACUUUCACACGCGCCAUGGCUUCCGCCGUAGGAGGAGGCAGCGACGCAGAGGUCGGAUUCGCGAAGCUCCAAGGCGAGGAUUUCGAGUACUACAUGCAAUCAUACUCCAUCAUGCUCGGCCGCAACUCCAAGAAAUCCACCGUCGACGUCGACCUGUCCUCCCUCGGCGGCGGGAUGAACAUCUCCCGCAACCACGCGCGGAUCUUCUACGACUUCACGCGGCGCCGGUUCUCCCUCGAGGUCCUGGGGAAGAACGGGUGCUUCGUCGAAGGCGUCCUGCACCUCCCCGGGAACCCUAACGUGAAGCUAGACUCGCAGGAUCUGUUGCAGAUUGGGGAUAAGGAGUUUUACUUUCUGUUGCCGGUUCGGAGUAUCCUGGGCGGGCCGUUGGGGCCCAGGCAUCAUGUCUCUGGUGGAGUUGUUGUUCCGUACCAGAGUUAUCAUUCGGGUGGGGGGUCCGGGUCGGGUAAGAAGAGUGGGAGGAGUAGAGAGUUUUAUGAGGAUGAUGAGGAGGAGGAGGAGGAUGAUGAGGAGGUUGUUAGAGGGAGUGGGAAGAAGAUGAGGAGAGAUGAAUAUGCUUCCACUGAGAAGAAGAGAGAGGGGAGAGCGAAGAUAGAUCGUGAAGCUGACGAUCAGCAAGUUUUGCUUCUGGAGGAGAAGGAUGUUGUGUCAUCUGUUGCAACUGUGCUCUCUGAUUUGUGUGGUCCUGGGGAUUGGAUGCCUAUGGAAAAACUUCACUCCGUGAUAUUGAAGAAGUAUGGAAACAUAUGGCAUCACAGUCGAGUAAGAAGGUACCUGGCGCAAGAAGACUGGGCAAUCCCCGAAGCAAAUGGUAAACCAUGGUACGGGUUGUUGAUGCUGCUGAGAAAAUACCCGGAGCAUUUCGUAAUCAACACUAGAUCCAAAGGAAGAGUUACGCUAGAAUUUGUAUCCCUCGUCUCCCUACUCUCAUGAAAAACUGUAAUCAUUCACCAACAUGAAUGAUUGUACUUGUUCUACUAGUGGUGGAUUAUCGUUAUAAUAUCUUUUGAUUGUCUCCCACGAACUGAGUGUAUAAACGGGGUCGCUCAAGCUUUUCUAUCUUAUCUUAACAUUAUCUUGACAUUGAA